AGUCUCCUGUCUUUUGAGAGAGAGAGCGAAGCCCUGGGAAAGAGGAAGCUGGCGCUCCGUGAGGCUUUUGUGCGGCGGGAGUAGCGCUCAAGAUGGCGUCGUCGUCGUCGUCGUCGGUCCAGACCCAAAGCGGGAUCCUCCUCAGCGCGCUGUGUCCAAAAUUUCUGCAUACAAAUUCAACCAGUCACACCUGGCCUUUUAGUGCUGUAGCUGAACUUAUAGAUAAUGCAUAUGAUCCAGAUGUAAAUGCAAAACAGAUGUGGAUUGACCAAACAAUUAUAAAUGGGAACAUAUGCUUAAUAUUUAUGGACAAUGGAAAUGGUAUGAAUGCAGACAAAUUACAUAAGAUGUUGAGCUUUGGUUUCAGUGACAAAGUUACACUGAAUGGUCGUGUUCCAGUUGGAUUGUAUGGGAAUGGAUUUAAAUCAGGAUCCAUGCGUCUGGGAAAUGAUGCCAUUGUUUUCACCAAGAAUGGAGAAAUCAUGAGCGUGGGCAUGUUGUCUCAGACCUUCUUGGAAGUUACAAAAGCAGAACAUGUAAUUGUUCCCAUAAUAUCUUUCAACAAGAAACGGCAAGUAAUGAACCUAGAAGAAUCAGCAGCCAGCCUGAGGGCUAUUUUGGAACAUUCUUUGUUUCCCACAGAAGAGGAGUUGCUUGCAGAGCUUGAUGCUAUUAUAGGGAAAAAGGGGACACGGAUCAUUAUUUGGAACCUUCGAAGGGAAAAAAGUCAACAAACUGAAUUUGAUUUUGGUACAGAUAAAUAUGAUAUUCGGAUUCCUGCAGAUUUAGAUGAAGUAACAGGGAAAAGAGGCUACAAAAAACAAGAGAGACAAGAUCAGAUUACACCUGAAAGUGACUAUUCGUUAAGGGCCUACUGCAGUAUUUUAUAUUUAAAGCCAAGAAUGCAGAUCAUUUUAAGAGGACAGAAAGUACAAACACAACUGGUUUCCAAAAGCCUUGCCUAUAUUGAACGCGAUGUUUAUAGACCAAAGUUUUUGGCUCCCAAAACCGUAAGAAUUACCUUUGGAUUCAACUGCCGAAAUAAAGAUCACUAUGGAAUGAUGAUGUAUCACAGAAACAGGCUAAUCAAGGCAUAUGAAAGAGUUGGCUAUCAGCUGAAGGCAAACAAUAUGGGUGUAGGAGUAGUGGGGAUUAUUGAAUGCAGCUUCUUAAAACCAACCCAUAAUAAACAGGAUUUUGAUUAUACUAAUGAAUACAGGCUUACAAUACAUGCACUUGGUGAAAAGCUGAAUGAUUACUGGAAUGAGAUGCAAGCAAAGAAAAAAGACUAUCCCUUGGAAGUGUUAGCUGAAGAUACCCAGAAGCGACCUGAUCAGACCUGGGUUCAGUGUGAUUCAUGCCUGAAAUGGAGGAAGCUUCCAGAUGGAAUUCAUCGGUUGCCAGAAAAAUGGUAUUGCUCAUACAACCCUGACCCUCAGUUUAGAAAUUGCAAUGUGCCUGAAGAACCUGAAGAUGAUGAUUUAAUACCAUAUGAAAAAACACAUAAGAAAAAAGACAGAGAGAAAUUAAAGAAAAGACUGGAAUUUAGCCAACAGAUUUAUAAUGAAUUGUAUUUACCAACAUCAUCUGCCUUGCCAAAUACAUCUCCAGCAAUGAAUGAAAUGUUGCAUACAGAUGCUUCAAAUACACCUAUUUCAAGGUCUCUAAACUCAUCAGAAAAUGGCCCAGUAUCUUCUCCUCAUUCUGACCACGAAAACAGGUUUAAACGCAAGCUUUCGAAUCCUGCAACCCCAUUGCCUAUUAAGAUCACGCGGGUGACUAGCCAAGCAUUUGAGGACAGAAAACAAAACAAGGUUGAUGAUGACGAUGUUAUCAUCUUGGAAGAGAACAGUACUCCAAAGCCUGCAGAUAUUGCAGAGUGUGAUAUCAAAAUAGUAAAAGUGGAAGGUGGCACUGAUAUCAACUAUAAUGAAAUCGAAACAGAGAAUGCUGAAAACAGAGACGCUUGUUCUGAAGCAACAUGUUCAAAAGGAACUGUAGCAACACAAACUGAAAGGGAACAAUCAGAAGUAAAGAAGGAAGAUGUGAAGGACGACGCAGAUAAUAAUCUGCCCAUUUCAAAACUAAAAGCAACCUUUGUAGAACAUGUUUUAGACCCUAGUUUUGUGGAUUCAGAUAAAAGACCAAAUGAAUUAAGCAUUCGAUUGCAGUCUACCACUAGGGAAAAAGAAAACUAUCAAAAGCAGUGUGAUACAUUGUUGAAAGAAGUAAAUGAAUUAAAGCGAAAACUGAUGGAAUUGAAUGAUAAAUAUAUGAAAAAGGAAAUGUGCCAUCAGUCAACAGAAACAGAUAGUAUACUACCAGAUGAUGAACUGAGACAAAUUAAAGAGAGAAGUCCAGGGGAGAUGUUAAUUCUGUAUGAACAAGCAUUGAAUGAGGUGAAACAGUUAAAAGAACAGUGCAAUAGUCUGAAGAAUUUAAAAACGGAAUGCAAUAAAUGUAGAGAUAGUGAGAAUAAAAGUGAAGUCGAUGACAUGGCUGUGCAAAUAGAUGAUCUUUUCAGACAGCUGGACGAGUGCAGCGUUGAAAAAGACCAGUACAAGAAUGAGAUUGAACUACUGGAAAUGGAAAAAAACCAGCUGCGUAUUCAGUGUGAAGAGUUAAAAGAAGAAGUCACUCAGUUAAAAGCUUCAAUCCCGCAAGUGGUAUCACAUGCAAAUGGUCCUGUGGCUGGUAAUCUUGAUCCUGUAAAUUUUUCUGAUGGGGAAAGCCUGAAGCUGAGAUCCCUACGAGUUAAUGUGGGAAUGCUGCUGGCAUCAAUAAUGCCUGAUCUCGAUUUGCAACAAAUGAAUUACGACGUUGAUGUUGUUGAUGAGAUUCUAGGUCAAGUGGUAGAACAUAUGAAUGAUGAAAUCAAUAGUGCAUAAUUUUUUAUCCUGCCAUUAAAACACAGAUUUAUUCUAUCUCCUGUUUUAUGGUAAAGUUUACAACCUGUACAGAGUGUUCAUCUUCGUGCCAAAUGCGAUGCAAACAUGAACAUGGCAUUUGAAAAUUUGAGGUUAUUUUUUUAGCUCUCAUUUACUUCAAGGAAUCAGUGUUUUUGUUAGGACUGUGACAUUAAAGGAAAAGAAGUAAGCUUUUCCUGCUUCCUCCACAGCAAAUACUUUUCCCAAUGUCUCAUUUCCCAAAAGAGAAACUGAAUCUGUGUCUGUAUGAUCUUGACUUCUGAAGAAAUCAAGGGAUGUCAAGGAAAUCAAAGGAUGUCAAGAAAUCAAAAGAUGUCAAAAAAUCAAGGGAUGUCAUCACCAUGUUUGGUGGACAAAAAAGGAGUGAAAUCCUGCAUGCAGUCUUCAUGAGGAAAUUUGGGGCAUAUCUAUUAACAAAAAGGCACAUCUGAUUUCAUUCUUGUUUCAAACAAAGAAUUUACUACUCAGAACUCACUGCAGAUGUAUUAGGUUGCUACCUUUCAAUUUCAUCAUUUCUUACGGAUGUAUUUACCUUUUAUAAUGCAUUCAAGAGUUACACAAAGAUGAUAUAUGCUGUUGUAUGCUUUUCUAACUUGUUUUUUAAGAUGAACAGUGGCAAUAUUGUCAAGUAGAAUUCUCCCCCCUCCCCAAUAACUUGUAUUUUAUAGAGGUUUAUGAAUAUUUCUAAGCUUUGAUACCUGACAAUGUAUUAUAACACUGGUUAAAGUAUUGCAACAUAAUUGUUAAAUAUCAUAUUACAUUCAUUUAAUGAAAAGAUACAGAUGUUUAGCAAAAUCAUGUGGUUUUGAGGAGUUAUUUUUCCAUACUUUUUUCCAUUACUCUUGCUGUAUUCUUCAGUACUGGAAUGUACUGUAAAGUCUGAAUAAAAACUUGUCUGUAUGGAGAAUGUUAUUUAAAUUUUUGCUGUACAUUUACUUUUGAAUGAAAGGGAAUAAAUGAAAAUAAAAUUUUAUUUACAUGAAACAAAUCAAAA